AUGUCUACAUGUGGGAGGAAGACGGCAUAUAAAGGCUUUCGAAGUCGCUUAGAGGCAGGCCAAUCGGUGAAUGUUCAAGGGAGGGUCGGUGAGAUGAUAAAGGAGCUUAUGCAGCAUGAGGUGAUAAUGCAAGAUCUAAAGACAGGAGCUUAUGCACGAUACGAUGAUAAGGCAAUACCCAGAGGUCAAGAUGCCAAACAGCGGUCCAAUCGCAAGUUACAUGACGAGGAAAGCUGUACGUACAUCACGGCAUGGGACUUAGUAGGAAGUACUCGUGUUGAUCAAGAGAAAAUUGUUGAUACUACCUUCACGUAUAAGGCUCACCUGCAGCUUUUGUCUAUCAAAUUAUGGAUUCGUUCGCAUGGAAUUUUUAAGGCGAAGGUGACUGACGGAACCGAUCAGCAACUUAACGUGUUGUCAAGAAGAGCUGAACAAGGAAAAUCCGCAGUGAUCGACGAGACGAGGAGUAGGAUCCACUUUCGUAACUCUAGAAUCUUAAUUGACUUUCGGGGAAGGCACAAGGAUUUGAUGGCAGAUAUCUCGUAG